AUUUAAUUUUGUUGCUAUAAAUUUUGUUUCGUGAAUCUUGCACGCGUUUGUGAAAUAAUAUAAAAAAUCGCUGCUACGCGUAUAUAACUAAGAAAUCUGCAUAAUUCGAACGAUCUCUUUAGCUACUAGAAGUCGCAAAUAUAAAUAAAGCAAACGCAACAAUGGUGGACAAAAUUGAAAUGAGUCUGGAUGAUAUCAUAAAAUCAACGCGCACACAGAAGAAACCACAGACCGGACGCGGUGGUCCCGGAGGAGCACGCCGCCCUGGUGGACGUGGAGCACGUCGUGGUGGUGGUGGUCCGAGUGGCUCACCACGUAAACCAGCCCCAGCUAGUGGAGCUGGCGGUGUGCUUAAAGGUCGCCGCGGCGGCAGCGGAAGCGGUGGCGGCAUACAGAAGCCACGACUCGCACGGGGCGAUGUGAACAGCGCUUGGAAGCAUGAUAUGUACGAUGGGCCCAAGCGUAACGGAGGCGCUGCCGGCAGUACGGGGCCAACUCGUCUAAUCGUUGGAAAUUUGGAUUACGGCGUAUCGAAUACAGACAUAAAGGAGCUAUUCAAUGACUUUGGGCCGAUGAAGAAGGCAGCUGUGCAUUAUGAUCGUUCAGGUCGUUCACUCGGCACCGCCGAUGUUAUAUUCGAGCGUCGUUCUGACGCACUUAAGGCCGUUAAACAAUACCAUGGUGUUCCCUUGGAUGGUCGUCCCAUGACCAUACAACUUGCCGUAUCAGAUGUGGCAGCACUGACGCGUCCAGUAGCUGCCGAUGAUGUAAAGCGUCGCGUGGGUGGUGGCUCUGGGCCACCAUUUAAACGUGGUGGUGCUCAGGCUGGCGGCGCCGCACGUCGUGGCGGUUUCAAGCGAGGAGCUGCCGCUGGUGGCAAAGCCGCUGCUGCAGGAGGUCAACGUCGAGAACGCAAAGCCCCACCCACUGCCGAAGAACUGGACGCCGAAUUGGAUUCAUACAUUAAUGACAUGAAAAUCUAAAUAGUUAUAGUAGUCGAUUUAGUCUAAAAGAAAA